CAAAGAAUCGUCUUUGUUCCAAAACCAGCCCGAAAAGGUUGUAUCACUUUCCCAUUGAGAUUGUUCGAUCAACAAAAACAUUUCCAGAUCGAUAAGUUUUCGUCAAGCUCCGGCGAGUUUUACGGCACCGUAGUUUCAAUCCUCCCGUCAAUUUCCGGUAGGUAUUUGCGAGAUUUUGACAGCAUGAGUCAGGUAUUUGAAGGAUACGAACGCCAAUACUGUGAGCUUUCGGCAAAUUUAUCACGAAAGUGCACCUCCACCAGUCUCAUUGAUGGAGAGCAGAAGAAGCAGAAGGUUUCUGAAAUAAAAGCGGGACUAGAUGAUGCCGAUGCUUUGAUUCGUAAAAUGGACCUUGAGGCGAGGAGUUUGCCAGCCAAUGUGAAAGCUACUCUUCUUGCUAAGUUAAGAGAAUAUAGAACUGAUUUGAACAAUUUGAAAAGUGAAGUCAAAAGAAUUUCAUCAACUAAUGGUACUCAGGCUGCUCGAGAUGACUUGUUGGAAUCAGGAAUGGCAGAUACAUUAUCGGUGUCUUCUGACCAGAGAGGAAGGUUAUUGAUGUCGACAGAGAGAUUAAACCAGUCUGGUGAUAGAAUUAAGGGAAGUAGGAGAACAAUGCUGGAAACUGAAGAGCUUGGUGUCUCGAUUCUUCAAGAUUUACAUCAACAGCGUCAAUCUCUCCUACAUGCCCAUAACACGAUCCAUGGGGUGGAUGAUAAUAUCAGCAAGAGCAAGAAGAUCCUUACUACCAUGUCAAGAAGGAUGAGCAGGAACAAGUGGAUCAUCAGUAGUGUUGUAGCUGCCCUAGUCCUUGCAAUCAUUUUGAUCCUUUAUUUUAAGCUGACCCAUUAGCUUGCCAGCCUCGAUUUUUUAUUUUUUAUUUUUAAAUUAAUAAAUCCACGUGUUUGAUUUCUGGCAUAUUCUUAUGUAUGGAAUGUCUGCUCUUGGAAACACCUCUAUGAUUUUUAUAUCCAUAUCUAUAUAUAUUAUUUUGAUGCGUGUGAA